CAGUCGAUGCGGCUAUAGCUGCGCUUUUAUGCGAAGGAGUCGCGUCUUUGCACAGCAUGGGACUGGGUGGAGGAUUUUUAAUGACAAUUUGGGACGCGACGACCAAAACUGCCAAUUAUUUAGAUGCACGAGAAACCGCUCCAUCUGACGCUCACAAAGAUAUGUUUAAAGGAAAUCCCGAGUUAGCAAUGUACGGUGGCUUAGCGGUUGCCGUACCGGGUGAACUUCUUGGAUACUGGGAAGCCCAUCAAAAAUAUGGAAAAUUACAAUGGUCCGAUCUAUUCGAGCCGACUAUUUCUUUAUGUGCCACUGGAUCUCGCGUAACUAAAUAUCUAGCCUCGUAUUUGAUUAGUAAAGAACCGUUAAUAAGGAUGCAAAAAUCAUUGGCGGAAAUCCUCAUAAAUCCUAUUACGAAUGCAACGUGGAAGGUAGAUGACAGAAUAAAAAGGCCACGUUUGGCAGAAACGUUAAAAUUGAUUGCAAAACAUGGACCCGGUAUAUUUUAUAACGGCACGAUGGCUGAUACUCUAGUUGAAGAAAUAAAGUCUUUCAAUGGCAUCAUUAAAAAACAGGAUUUACAGAAUUACAGGGUAAAAUGGGAUAAACCGAUUAAAUCAACUAUUGGAAAUUUAACUAUCUAUACCGCACCGCCACCGGGUUCGGGUGCGAUCCUGGCUUUUAUCAUGAACGUUCUUCGCAAUAUGGUUCCUAAUAAUGACAGUAGGAUUAUGUGGCAAAUAAUAAUCGAAACAUUUAAAUGGGCUUACGCCAAGAGAACUAAAUUGGCUGAUCCUGAUUUCUUUAAUAUCACUGACACUCUCGAUAACUUAACAUCCACCGAUUAUGCCGACUCAAUUUGGAAGAAAAUAAAAGUUAACGAAACAAACAACGAUCCAAAGUAUUAUGGUGCUGAGGUGUCUAUGCCAGAAGAUUCAGGAACUUCUCAUGUUUCAGUUUUAGCUCCCGAUGGAUCGGCCGUAUCCGUCACUUCUACGAUAAAUCAAGUUUUUGGUGCAAUGAUACGUUCAACAUCAACCGGCAUAAUAUUUAACGAUGAAAUGGACGAUUUUAGUUCUCCAAAUAUAGUUAAUGGAUUUGAUUUACCUGUUUCACCAGCGAAUUUUAUUCGACCUGGAAAAAGACCUAUGAGUUCUAUGAGCCCGACAGUAGUUAUAGACAAAAACGAAGACGUUCGCUUAGUAAUUGGCGCUGCUGGUGGAACUAAAAUCACCUCUGCAGUUGCGAUAGCAAUGAUAUUAAAUCUUUGGUCAGGAUAUAACGUAAAACAAGCUAUUGAUACACUUAGAAUUCACCAUCAGCUACUACCAAUGCAAGUCCAAAACGAAAAAGGAUUUUCUGCAGACGUAUUAAGUUAUUUAUCGAGCAUUGGACACAAUAUUACAACUUACACAGGAAUUGGAAGUGCAAUUACAGCAAUAUCCCAACAAAACGGACUCAUAUAUGCUAGUUCGGAUUUUCGCAGGGAAGGAAGAACUGCUGGUUUCUAAGAGAUUAUAUGAGGGGUUCCAUAUCGAUGUACAAAAUAUACGAAGAAAGUAAAUCAGGGUACAAACAAGGGAGAAUCUGAAAAUAUCCUGGUAUGAUUUGAAAUACCUCUUUGAAAUCA